UAAAUAGCCUCAUUCACAUCCUGGCCAACCCGUCGAAACCUGGAUAAAGCACGGAGACUUCGAGAGGAUUAACAGAAAGAAAGAGAGAAUCCUGAAAUCUAAGCUAAACCUUCAUCGUUUAGCUUUUAUUUCUCUCUUUCCUUGUUCUCUUUAUCGCUUAUUACCUUCGCAAUCUUCAAUAUUUCAGCUUGCUCCUCCAGAUCGGCGAAUAUCUACCUACACUUCCUCGCCGAUUCCUUUUUAGGGGCGCUUGUCGAUCUUCUUGAGCUAAAUAGAGAUGGUGUUCUGGGUUUUUGGCUAUGGUUCAUUGGUGUGGAACCCAGGAUUUGAAUACGAUGAGAAAGUUAUAGGCUUCAUCAAGGAUUAUAGGCGUGUAUUUGAUCUUGCUUGCAUUGAUCACAGAGGUACACCUGAUCGUCCUGCAAGAACUUGCACAUUGGAAAAUUUUGAAGGAGCUGUUUGCUGGGGUGCUGCUUAUUGUGUUCGUGGAGGACCUGAAAAGGAAAGACUGGCAAUGGAGACUCAUUUUUUCUUUUUUCCCCAGUAUCUGGAGCGGAGAGAAUGUGAAUAUGAUAAAAAAUCCCUCGUAGACUUUUACAAGGAAGCGGAUCCAUCGGAGCCUGCUAUACCAGGAGUCAUAGUUUUCACCUCCACUCCGGAUAAAAUUUCAAACAAGUACUACUUGGGGCCUGCCCCUUUGGAUGAAAUGGCUAGGCAAAUUGCGACUGCAUAUGGACCUUGCGGGAACAACAGAGACUAUCUGUUCCUGCUAGAGAAAGCCAUGUAUGAUAUUGGGCAUGAGGAUGAUAUGGUGAUUGGGCUAGCGAAUGAAGUAAGGAAGGUACUUGGAAUUGUAGGAAAAGGGAUUUUCAAGGAGAUGUUGGCUGGUCCAUCCCACAUUGCACUUAAAGCCCAGAUGGCAUCUCUUCAACUGCGUCCGCUUCCUGAAGCCGUUGCCCUGGACUCCUAAAAAUACAAGACAAAUAACUGAAAGAACACGACAAAGCAGAGCUUAACUAACUUGAUUUUUUUAUUUUAUCAUUCCUUUCAGUUAGCAAUCUAUCUAGUUCACAAUUCUACUUUUCUAACUUAGCAUAGCAUUCAAUUCAAAACAUCAUUGGUCCAUAGCCAAAUGGUUGAGAAAAAUUGCUUGUAACAGGCUGCCAGUCCUACAAUUUUAAUUUUGAAUUUUUGACCUUGCCAGGGGUCCUUUUGAUAUUUCCUUGCUGGAGUAUGUUUUAAUUGCUUUGGUAGAAAUUUGAUCAUCAUUUGAAUACCCUUCUUAAACAUGGUUGAGAUGGUUCAUUGUAAUUUGUCUCGUUGAAAUUAUUGAGAAUAUAAAGAUGAUAUUGUUUUCUAUCA